AUGGCUCCCAACGAAGAGUCGCUCAUCUUGGUGUUGAAGAAGGUCCGACAUCCGCUGUUUCGUGCUGCGUGGACACGCAAGCUAGUCGAAGAAUUCGAACAACUCUUUCCAAGGGUCAAGCUCUCGGGCAGAACGUUCCGCCUCAUCAUCGAUAAGUGCGUUACGCCCGCUGCCCCAUCCUCCGCGAACGAACCCGAGGCUCUUUUUCCUUCCGAGCCAACCGCAGCGUCAGAGUCUCGGGAACGCAUCGUUGCGAGCGGACGUCGUGGGCGGCGUUUGCGACAAGAAGCCACUAGACCUUCUCCGAGCACGGGGGCCGCGCCAACACUUGCCGUUGCAUCUGCAGGGAGAGGCCCCAUCGUCAAGCAAGCCAUCCUCCUCCACUCGCUCGAAGACAUCCUCCGCCGCUUCCGUAGUCACAGCUCGCCCGGCUUCCACCGGUCCACCACCAAUCGACGUCGUUUCGAACACACCCUGCUUCGCGCCAAACGCACCUUGCAGGCAAAACGAGCGUUUCACCAGGACCAACUUGAUUCUACCCCGGAACCCGGUCGGACCGGCCUGGUAACGCACCAUACGCGCGCGAUCUCUCAGAUCGACACGCUGCUAGACCGCCUCGCCCAAGUGCAACGUCUAGGCCGCGCCGAAGAGUCACACCGCAAAAAAGCUUAG